UGACACUGUCUUUAGGCUCCCAAACUGUAGCUAUGUGAAAAAGGCAAUGAUGAAUGCGCUGGGUUGUAAUAGGCCUGAUGCAGAACUGCAGUGGUCGAAAAUAACGUGUGAAUGGUCCUGAUGAGAGUGUGCGCUGCCUGCCGACGAAGAGGGAAACUAUAGACGAGUGAUCCGCUCGGUGCGUCAGGACGCACAAGAUAACCGCAGAUGGCCUGUGUAGACUAUCCUAAUUCCAACGGGUGACUUCACACCGUAGAGCUUUUUUUUUUUUGAGAUCACAUGAAGACGAAGAGUCUACAAUUUGAAAAUCCCGUGUCCCGUGAACAGAUACACAUCAGACAUCCGAGAGUCUGAUUUCUCUUACGCAGACGUUUUGCGACGCUUUGCUCACAUGCUUACCAUCUACGGACGGACAACACGACUGCAACUUCAAUUCUGGUAAUAUUCCCCCCUCAGUUUUACAUCUCCGUCACCGUUUAGUAAGUCGCUUGUUGUUAUUGCUUUCAAACAGGACAAUGAUGUCGUUGCUGUUAUUUAUUUUGAUGCCUACACGGGCGCAUUUUCGUCAGAAUCGGCUCUGUCCGUGAGGAUUUUUUUCUCUCCCACUGCCUUAUCACAUUUUUAAAUCGGGUGGAUUUUUUUUUCCCCUCUCCCGUUUUUCCGUCGGUUUGUCUUUAAGAUACCAGGCUAUUAAUUUUUAAUUCUUAUGCAUCCGCACGAAGACGGGACCAGAGAGGAGAAAACGAGUGAUAACCAGAAGGAGGCAAGUGAGGAGGGACGCGAGAAUGAAUGAGACACACUGAGCAAUUAAGGAAAAGGAGAUUGGAGGAAUCAAGAGAUGGUUCUCUAUCUUUGCCUCUUGACAUCAUCAGGGUACCAAAAAUAAGGAUCACCCUCAGGGAGGGUGUAAGCUGAGCAAGUGCUGCCCCACUCACCUGUGCCUGCUGACCACCUCUACAAUUCAGCCCCAUCCCUUGCCCUGCCCCCUGGUCAGCCUCCAACAUGGCUCUAGCAGUCUGGAUCAUCUUCACCUUUGCUGUGGCUUUCAGCAACAUCUCUCCAUCCUCGCAAGCUCUGAGCCGGUCAAUGAUGCCCUUCGGCUUGAUGCGUCGAGAGCUGGCGUGUGAAGGCUACCCGAUCGAGUUGCGCUGCCCUGGAAGUGAUGUCAUCAUGAUUGAGACGGCCAACUAUGGCCGGACCGAUGACAAGAUCUGUGACGCAGACCCCUUCCAAAUGGAGAAUGUGCAGUGCUACCUGCCUGACGCCUUCAAGAUAAUGUCACAGAGGUGUAAUAAUCGAACCCAGUGUGUGGUGGUAGCAGGGUCAGACGUGUUCCCAGACCCCUGCCCAGGGACCUACAAGUACCUGGAGAUCCAGUACGAGUGCGUCCCCUACAUCUUUGUGUGUCCGGGGACUCUGCUGCGGGUGCAGGCGGCCAGCUCUCUGCAGGAGGCGGAGCACCAGGCAGGGGCGUGGUGUAAGGACCCGUUGCAGUCUGGGGACCGUCUGUACGUCAUGCCCUGGACCCCCUAUCGCACCGACAUGCUGUAUGAGUAUGCCUCCUGGGAAGACUUCAAACAAAACCGAGCAACCACCACCUACAAGUUGCCCAACAGAGUUGAUGGCACAGGGUUUGUGGUAUACGAUGGUGCAGUAUUUUACAACAAAGAACGCACACGAAACAUAGUCAAGUAUGACCUACGGACGCGCAUAAAGAGCGGCGAGGCCAUUAUCACAAACGCCAACUAUCAUGACACCUCGCCCUACCGCUGGGGAGGGAAAUCGGACAUUGACCUGGCUGUGGAUGAGAACGGCCUCUGGGUGAUCUACGCCACUGAGGCCAACAACGGACGACUGGUGGUCAGCCAGGUGAACCCUUACACCCUGCGCUUUGAAGGCACAUGGGAGACCAGCUUCGACAAGAGGAUGGCAUCCAACGCCUUCAUGGCGUGUGGUGUGCUUUAUGCGGUGCGGUCCGUCUACCAGGACGAUGACAGCGAAGCAGGCGGCGACCUGAUUAUGUAUGCCUACAAUACCAACCGUGCACGCGAGGAGCCUGUCAACAUCCCUUUCCCCAACCCCUAUCAGUAUAUUUCCUCUGUGGACUACAACCCUCGAGACAACCAGCUUUAUGUCUGGAACAACUAUAAUGUGCUGCGUUACACGCUGGAGUUUGGACCACCAGACCCCACCACGGGUCCUCUGACCACCACCCAAGUGUCCACCACUCUUCCAGCCAGGCCCUUUACCUCCAGUGCCAGCCCCUCUACCGCCCGCCCUCUGGCCCCCACCUCACGUCCAAUUGGCUCUAUCAACAAGCACCCCGAUCUUCGACCAAUCACAGCCACUGUUCCUGUCACUCGCCGCCCACCCCGCCCUCCUCAAGGCCCAGAGCCCCAUGUCUGUGAGGCCAAGCUGGUCCGAGGUGUCCAGUGGCCCACCACACAGAGAGGAGAAACAGUAGACCGCCCAUGUCCCAAAGGAUCUCUUGGCAUUGCUUCGUUCCAGUGCUUGGCGGAGCAGGUCGCGUGGAACCCGCGGGGUCCUGACCUGAGUAACUGCACCUCCCCGUGGGUCAACCAGGUGGCCCAGAAGAUAAAGAGCGGUGAGAAUGCUGCCAACAUAGCUGGAGAGCUGGUGAACCACACACGGGGUCGGAUCCAGGCUGGAGAUGUCAGCUCGUCCGUGCGACUCAUUGAGCAACUGCUGGACAUAUUGGAUGCCCAGCUUCAGGCCCUGAGGCCCGGAAACAAGGAGACUGUUGCACGAAACUACAACAAGCUACAGAAGCGAGAGCGGACCUGUCGAGCCUACAUUCAGGCGGUGGUGCAGACAGUGGAUAACUUGCUGCGUCCAGAGGCCCUGGAAUCGUGGCAGGACAUGAACAGCACUGAGCAGGCUCAUACUGCCACCAUGCUACUGGACGUCCUAGAAAAAGGAGCUUUCCUGCUGGCCAACAACAUGUAUGGGAAUCGCUUUUCUGACCGAGCACUCAGCAUUGAUCUCGAGGUGCAUGUUCUAAACACAGAGAUGGACCUGCAGGACUUGUCUUUCCCACAGAACUAUGCCAGCGACAGCACCAUCCAGCUCUCGGCGUCUACUAUCAAGCAGUACAGUCGCAACGGACAAAUCAAGGUGGUGUUUAUUUUAUAUAAAAACUUGGGGGCCUUCCUGUCCACUGAGAAUGCCACAGUGAAGAUGGAAAUGGAGGGGUUAAGCCACGAUAAGAAGCGCCUGGCGGUCAACUCCCAUGUUAUUGCUGCCUCCAUCAACAAAGAGUCCAGCAGAGUGUUUCUCACUGAGCCGGUGGUCUUCACACUCAAACACCUACAGUUGGAGAAUUAUUACAGUCCAAAUUGCUCUUUCUGGAACUACUCUGAGCGCUCCAUGACAGGCCAGUGGUCAUCGCAGGGCUGCAGGCUGCUGGACACCAACAGUACACACACCACCUGCUCCUGCAGCCACCUCACCAACUUUGCCGUGCUCAUGGCUCACCACGAGCCGGAUUACCAGGGGCGAAUGCAUGAACUGAUCCUGUUUGUGAUCACCUGGGUGGGGAUUGUCAUCUCCCUGGUGUGUCUAGCCAUCUGCAUCUCCACUUUUUGCUUCCUGCGGGGCCUGCAGACCGACCGCAACACCAUCCACAAGAACCUCUGCAUCAACCUCUUCAUCGCCGAGCUGCUCUUCCUCAUUGGCAUCGACAAGACAGAAUACCAUAUUGCUUGUCCCAUCUUUGCUGGUCUUCUGCAUUUCUUCUUCUUGGCUGCUUUCUCCUGGAUGUGUCUGGAGGGUGUGCAGCUCUAUCUCAUGCUGGUAGAGGUCUUUGAGAGCGAGUACUCCCGCAAAAAGUACUACUAUCUGUGCGGAUACUGCUUCCCUGCGCUGGUGGUGGGCAUCUCUGCGGCCAUAGACUACAGGAGCUAUGGGACCAAGAAAGCAUGCUGGCUGCGAGUGGAUAACUACUUCAUCUGGAGCUUCAUUGGACCCGUUUCAUUUGUUAUUAUGCUCAACCUCAUUUUCCUCAUGAUCACAUUACACAAGAUGAUCCGCAACUCUUCAGCACUCAAACCUGACUCCAGCCGCCUGGAUAACAUUAAGUCGUGGGCUCUGGGGGCCAUUGCUCUGCUGUUCCUGCUGGGGCUGACGUGGGCCUUUGGCCUCCUCUUUAUCAACGAGAACACAGUUAUCAUGGCCUACCUCUUUACCACCUUCAACGCCUUCCAGGGCAUGUUCAUCUUCAUCUUCCAUUGUGCCCUGCAGAAGAAGGUCCAUAAGGAGUACAGUAAGUGUCUGCGUCACUCCUACUGCUGCAGUCGCACCUCCACCACCAGCUCCCACGGCUCCCUGAAGAACUCAGGCCUGCGUGCCAACAACCGCUACUACAGCGGCAGCCAAGCUCGCCACGCAGCGGCCCACAGACAGAGUCGGAUCCGCAGGAUGUGGAACGACACGGUUCGGAAGCAGACAGAAUCUUCUUUCAUGGCGGGAGAUAUCAAUAGCACCCCAACACUCAACCGCGCGACUAUGGGCAACCACCUUUUGACGAACCCGGUGUUACAGACUCGCACUGGUACCUCUCCUUACAACACUCUGCUGGCUGAGAGCUUCACCCCGCCCUCACCUGGCGUCUUCAACUCUACCGGAACGUUCCGUGACCCAAAGAGCACGUUAUCUAAGGCCCGUGACCCCUGUGGGAUGGAAACUCUGCCCUUGAAUGGUAACUUCAACAACAGCUAUUCCCUGCGCAGUGGCCCAGCAGGUGGAGGAGGGGGCAGCUGUGACUUCCUUGGUGGCGGGGGUGGAGAAAGUCCCCCACCACUCUUCAAUCCCCGCAGUUCAGAGACCCUGGGAGGCGGAGGCAUCCGACGAAACCUCUCAGAUGCCGCAGCCUUUGAGAAAAUGAUCAUCUCUGAGCUUGUGCACAACAACCUGAGAGGUGGUGUUGGAGGAGGAAGUGGAGGAGGGGGAGGUGACGCAGGGGACAGAGUGUGUGGCAGUCUGGCCAGGGGACGUCCUCAUGGUGGGGUUGGUCGGGGGACAGCAGGGCCAGGGCCAGAGCCAUCUAUGGGUAUGGACGAAGACGAGGACUUUCUGAGAGAGGGGCGACAGCGCACUCCGCAGGAUGUGGAGCUGCUUUAUAAAGCUCUGGAGGAACCCCUGCUGUUGCAGCGCGCCCAGUCGGUCCUCUACCAAAGCGAUCCAGAGGAGUCAGAGAGCUACACGGCUGACCUCACUGAGAGCCUAGGCCACAGCGGCCACAGUGGCCAGAGUGCUGGCGGGCAGGGAGACAACAGAGCGCCAGAUUCCCCUGCCCGUGACUCCCUGUACACCAGCAUCACCAACCUGCGAGACUCACCCUACCCUGACAGCAGUCCUGAGCCCCUGGAGGUGGUGCCCCGUUCUGCCCAGCCCCCUGAGGAGCUGUACUACAGUUCCGGGAGGCCCGCCCUAGGCUCUCGUGGGGCCCCCAUGCAGACCUUCUACCAGGCCCCACCCCGGAGACCGAGUGGGGAGGGACACCAGGCUCAGGAGCCUGCCCACAACGAGGGAGAUGGACAGAUGCAGCUGGUCACCAGCCUGUGACUGGAGCCUGAAGGAGGAAGUUGGGGACUAAUGUGAUGGCCAGAGCCGCCUCCUAGCCCGCCUCGUUCUCGCGUCUCUCCACUUUCUGCUUGUUUGGUUGCCUUUCUUUCUCUUGACUUUUAUUUAACUAACAGAUGAGCAAACAGAGUGACCUUGAGGUUGAGUCGUGGCUGACUCUGCAGAAUCAGCCUUUAUCUUUAACCCUCCCCUGUCUUAUGGUGAUGAGUGAUGGGUGUUUUUCAGCAGAGCAUUCAUCAGCUCUCUCCAAUCCCAGUCCUCCACAGUUCCUUUGGUACCCUAAGGCCAAGUCCAGCACUCUGAAUGUACCGAUCCACCCCCUUUACCUUCAGAUAUUUCAAAACUCUAAAACUUUGUUGAAGUUUUUUAUGUAAUUUUUCUUCAGACCUGCCUCCGGAGAUGGGAAAUAUAAUUUUAUAUUUUAUCUCAUUUUCGUUUCGUACCAUCCAUAGGUCUUUUUUGAAUCAUCAUUUGAUAGGAGUAGUUAGCUGUGGAGACAGGGAAUAUAGUACACUAUUAUAACCUAAAAAAUGUCUCACAGAAAGCUCUUCAUUGUUGCCAAAAAUAUCUUUUAUUGAGCCAGAACAGAAACUAGAACAUUCACAAAGCAAACACAUACACUCACUCAUCCAGAAGUGCUCAUUACUGAACAUCAAAAGUGAAAACAGUACUCCAUCUAAGUAAAAGGGAGCAAGAGCUUUUGUUCCUAGCAGGCAGUGGGAGCUGAUUCAGUGUAGUUGCCUUCAUUUUCUCUUGCUGUGAAUCGACAACUAUGUACAGAAGUGGAGUUGAGGCAAAAACGGAGACUGAGGAGGCGCUGCACCACCCCUCCUGAGCAGGAGAGCCUGCAUCCAUAAGACUGGCUAGUUCUCUCCACUGUUCUCUCUGGUUGUUUGCUUUAGGCAUUUGAAAAGUUUAAUGACUGCCUUGCUAUUGUUUUGAAGAGAGUAUUCAAUUUGUUGACUUUGGGUCUGCAUCCUGUGGGGGCUGCAAAUGUGGACUGGUGUUGCCCCCUCCCCUUCUACGCUGUACUUUGCUGUUAGAGCCUAGCCAGUUGAAGUGGACUUGUUUCCUGUGUGUGGUUGUGACAAGCAAGACUGUAAAAGUUGCAAACACACUGGUCGACCAAUUGGUAUAACCGUGUACAUAGGAACCACACAUGAAUCUACUUUAUUCCUACUAUGUAAAUAGAGACACCAGAUGAUCAAAAGCAACAAAAAGUAACAAAUACUAUGAAAAAUGACUUCUUGUACUGCAACAAACCAACGAAAGAAAAAAAUAAAAUGUUUUGGAGUUUGUGACCUGAA